GGAAGACAUCGAGACCGUCCCCCACAUUGCGCUAUGUGUGGUUGACGGCCCACUGUUCAAUGCUCCUCCUGCGCCAAUCCGACGAAGAUCUGCCCGGACAUGGCCGGAUCUCAGCUCAAGAGGCUCAAGGCCUCGCUGCGCGAGCAGGGACUAAUUGGUCCCCAGCAGUCCAAGAAGCAGAAGCGCCAGAAUGCCCAAGAUCAGAAAGCGAAAACCGAUAAACGGCUUCAGCGCUCCGAGGCUCUGGCAAGCAUCCGCGAGCAGUUCAACCCUUUUCAGUUUAAGACGAAUGCCCGCGGACCCAAGUUCGAGGUCACCACCAACAGGCCAGCCAACGACAAGGCCGCCUUGAGCAUCAAGGGCCGGCCUGGGCUUGCCAAGGCUGUCGGGGAAGAGAGGCGUCGGCAAACUCUUCUUGUCGAGAUGCAGAGACGUAACAAAGUUGGAGGGAUCAUUGACAGGCGAUUCGGCGAAGAUAACCCCAACAUGUCGCUUGAGGAGAAGAUGAUCGAGAGAUACACCCGAGAGCAGCAACGAAGCCACAAGAAGAGCUCCAUGUUCGACCUGGAGGAAGACGAUGAGCCGGCUGGAGCGUUAACCCACAUGGGCAAGCCCCUUUUUGAUUCUGAGGACGAAGCUGUGAAGGACGAUUUUGCCGAGGAGGACCUGCCUUCCGGCGACGAGUCUGACGGAUCACGCGCCGAGAGGAGGAGGCUGAAACGCCAACGACUGGCUGAACUCGCUGAGGAGGCAGAGGAUGACGAGGGCGAGCAACCAGAAAGGAAAAAGACCAAAAAGGAAAUCUACGAGGAGGUUAUCGCAAAAUCUAAACUCUAUAAAUAUGAACGACAAGCAGCUAAGGAGGAGGACAAUGAACUCAGAGCCGAGCUUGACCAGGCGCUGCCUGAGCUUCAAGCCCUCCUGUUCCAGAGGCCAAAACCGCCGCCUAAAGAUGAGAAGGACGAUAAAUCCCCCAUAGUCAUCGCUGGCAAGGACAAAGCCGCCCUUGACAAGGACUACGACAUCCGCGUGAAGCAGCUCGCUGCAGAUAAGCGAGCGCAGCCAGCCGAAAGAACAAAGACAGAGGAGGAGAAGGCGGAAGAGGAGUCAAACCGGCUAAAGGAGCUGGAAGAGAAGCGGUUAAAGCGCAUGCAUGGAGAGGUGGACGAGGAGGACGAGGAAGAAGAGGAGGAAGAGGACGGAGAGGACAAGCCUAGGAAGGAGAAGGGUGGCGCUGGGGAGAAAGCCUUCGAUCCCUUCAAUGCCGAAGACAAUGACGAAUUUGGUCUUGGGAAAGGAGUCAAAUAUCGGCCGACUGCCACCGAGCUAGGCUUCGACGAUGAAGAUGAUUUCCUCAUUGACGACGACCUAGUUGCUAGUGGCUCCGAUCUGGAGCUUGAUAGCGACGACAUGGAGAGCGAGGGAAGCGACGGCGAGGAUGCCGAGUCAGAAUCGGGGUCUGAUGAUGACGAAUUUGUCAAAGGGAUCUUGACGGAGGCCGAAUCGAAAGACCCUGUCUUCCAACCGGCCGCCAACUCCAAGGGUGACGAUGAGAACGGGAUACCCUACACUUUCCCUUGUCCGCAAACACUUGAAGAGACGAUCAAGACGUUCGAAAACAUCGAGGUAACCAAACUUCCGGUGGCUGUUCAACGUAUUAGAGCCCUAUACCACCCGAAACUGGAUAGCAAAAACAAGGAGAGGCUCGGCAAAUUCUCGCAGGCUCUGGUACAGCACAUCGGAUACCUGGGCGAUAAGUUCGAGCCGCAUUGGUUUCCCACCCUGGAGAGCCUCAUCAGGCACGUGCAUUCGCUGGCGAAAACGUUCCCGAUUGAGGUAGCAAAGGCAUAUCGUGGGCAUAUCCAGGGGAUGGAACAAGAUCGCCCGCUGGGUAUCACUGUUGGUGAUUUGGUUAUUCUGACCGCCGUGGGGACAACAUUUCCUACCUCUGACCAUUUCCAUCAGGUGGUCACUCCCGCGAUGCUUGCCAUUGCUCGCUAUCUCGGCCAAAAGAUUCCCCAGGUUCUUUCGGACUAUGCCACAGGCACCUAUCUCUCCAUCCUCGCCCUACAGUACCAACAGUUUUCAAAGCGCUACGUACCAGAACUGAUGAAUUUCUGCCUCAACACGCUGUGCUCUCUGGCACCCGAAAAGCCUCGAGAGAAACUGGGUUUCUUUCCAGUCCACGAACCAGCCGCAGGAAUCCGGAUCAAAGGCGCGUCCAAACUCCCGAUUCGCAAACUCAACUGCGUCGACUGCCAACAGAAGCAAACCCUCGCCCCGGAAGACGAAACCUCUCUCAAAGUCGCCAUCGUCAGCACCAUCACGGCAGUCCUUAAAUCCGCCGCCGAAACCUGGCACAAACUUGCCUCCUUUCAAGAGACAUUCCAGCCCGCCUUGCUCGUGCUGGAACACCUCCUCUCGAAACCAAACGCGAGCCACUUGCCGCCGGCAUUAACCUCCCGACUGGCAGACACUGCCAAAACCAUCUCCCAACUCCUGGCACUCGCCCGGCUCGCCCGCCGGCCGCUCGAGCUGCACCACCACCGGCCGCUGGCCAUCCGCACGUACGUGCCCAAGUUUGAGGACUCGUUCGACCCGGACAAGCACUACGACCCGGACCGCGAGCGGGCCGAGCUGGCGCGGCUCCGGGCCGAGCACAAGCGGGAACGCAAGGGCGCGCUGCGCGAGCUGCGCAAGGACGCCGCCUUUGUGGCCCGCGAGAAUUUGCGCGUCAAGAAGGAGCGCGACGCGGCCUACGAGAAAAAGUACAAGCGUCUCGUGGCCGAGAUCCAGGGCGAGGAAGGCCGGGCCGCCAACGAGUAUGCCCGGGAAAAGAUGCUGCGGAAGAAGAGGGCUGCGAGGGGCAGGUGAUCUCGUUUUCUCCUUUUGCGUGUCAUGUUCUGUAUAUCCACCGGAUUUGGGAGAGGUGGUUGGUUCCUGGGUGGGAGGAGUGUCUCCGUGUCUUAUAUGUGUAUCUUGGGGCUGUAGAGCUAGAGACUCAGCAGCCCUGCGAACGUCCUGAAAAUUUGAAGAAACUCAGGAGAUCCAUUGUCGCGCGGAAACCGCAGGCGAAUCAAUGUAUUCCAGCAAGUAUCUGCGUAAUCGUAUACCAGGUCU